AAAAGAAAAGAAAAGUAACAACAAUGUUCUGAAAUUUGUCUCGUUAAUUGUUGCCUAGCUGUACCUUUAUUGAUUAAUUAAUUCUGAUUAUUAAUUAACAUUGGAAAAAGGCCAUAAUUUUUUCAUUUGUUAAAUCUGCAAACCUCCAAAAGCCAAAACCAGAGACCUGAAAGCAUUAUUUUGUAGAGAUCUAAACCAAACAUAGCCAUUCCCGACCAGCACCAACUCCCACAGUCAGCUUUCAAUCACUCCUUUAUUGUUAUACUUCCAAAUUCCAAUUUCCAAUAAACCUUGAACAAAUCCUUUGUUCAUUUCUCUGUCCUGAAGCAAAAAAACUGUUGCUUUCUGUCCAUGGAAUGAAAGAAAGAAGUGUUUGCUUUCAGUCUUGAUCAUCAUCAUCAUUUCUGCCUUUUCCGUUACAUUUCUUGAAAAGGAAAAAAACCCAUCUUUUCAAUUCCCUUAUUCUUUGAUUUGGUUGGUGGUGUUGAUGUGUUCUUAAAAAAAUUCAUCACCACCAAAUAUAUGUUGGAUGGAUUUUGGUGAUGAGUUUUUGAUUGAGAAUUACAGAGUGCCAUGGCUUAUAUGGGUUCAGUUAUUAGUCAUGAUUCUUCUUGUUCUUGUGCUUUUUUUAUGUGGGUUCAGCAUCUUUUCUUCGGAUCAGUCCAGCAAUUCCAGCAGCUCGGGAGCGUCAUCAUCUUCUUCUUCCUCCUCCUCUUCUCAGUCCCAUGUCAAAAAGCCAUUGCUCGAUAACACCAGUUCUAAGGUGGAAAGAAAUCAAACAAUUCGAGGAGAGGAAGAAGCAAGCGCAAGCAAAGGCAUGCUAGAAGAUGAAAUUGAAGAAGGAGAUGACUCUUCAGCAAAGGAUUUAGCCCUUUUCCGGCUUCUGAGGCAGGGAGGUCGCCACCCAUGUGACUAUUUUGGUCUAGCCAAACAGGCUUUUCUCAAGUGCUUUGGAUUGGGUUAUGGAUCCGAAAGUUGUCGCAGCAGCAAUCAUAGAAAGGAAGAUUGAGGUGUGCAAAUUUUUCCUCCCUCUUUCUCUUUCUCUUAACAAUGCACAGAUGCAUCUUUGCCUUACAUUUUGCAGGCACAUAACUUCGAUAAUUAUAAGGAAACAUAAGGUCUCCAUUGAUUAUGUUCUGCUUUUUGAUAAGAAAGAUUAGGUAGGCUCAUACAUAAGAUACACAUAUUGUAUCACCUUAUGCUGAGUUUUGGUCUGUACUUUUGCAGCAGUAGAGUUGCUUUGAAAGUAUGAAUGCUGCAGGCCUUCAGAUCCGAAACCUGUAAGGAGUCUGCUGUUAUCAGCCUGUAAAUUGAAUGAUCUCUUGAUCCAUAUUCACCCAGGUCAAGUGUAGUUUCUUCCAACCUGAUCAUUGCUAACCCCCGGAUAUCAGCUGUAAACAUGUAGGCAAGUUUGUGAGGCUUCUCGUAAUUUGUUCAGUGUGAUUUCAUCAAAUCUUUAUCUGGACUAACUACGGCCAUGGAAAGGAAGAGUAUAAAAUAAAAAAAUUAAUAUGAAUGUCUCGUGCUAGAAAAUUUUUGAAUAAAGACUGAAUCAAAAAUAAAAGCCUCGAUGAAUAAUUUACUCUUCCAGGAAGCGUUUGACCUACCAUGUACAAUAACUAUGGGGUGGACCAUCCAAAGCAAUUAUUCUGUAGUCAAAAAGUACCCUGAUUUACAAUGGUAAUUUCGGCAGUGACAUCUUGCAAAAACGAGGGGUGGUGCUCUAGUAGUUUUGGACCUUGUACACGCAACAACUGAUGGUCCAAUUCUUAAUCCUUGUUGUUUCAAACCACAAAAAACGCCCAGCAACAAUUCUUAUCAAUUCCAUUUCCGCCAGAAUCAACCCACAAAAACGUGAGCGCAGCCAGAAUUAUGCCAGUACGGCAGAUGGAACAAUUUGGGUGGUUGGAGGAAAUUCAUGAUCGAAUGUAGCGAUUGUGGUAAUGAGUGCAAAUAGGGCAGCAGAGUCCAGGAUUGGGAGAGGCAAACGGAACAAUCAGGUUCCGCCCGUUCCUCCACCUCUUCUUCCUCCAGGAAGGGAGGAAUGGUGUGAGUGAAAGACAUGCAGAAAAAAUAGAGUAGAGCUGCUGAAAUGUAUAAUUGAGAAGCUGCUGUAAAAAAUCAAUGAUAUAUGAGGUAAAAGUUUUUGCAUUUUUGCUAAGAGUAUAUGUUCAAAUGGUCUUUUAUAUUUUGUAGAAAACUUAAUUUGGAUCUUUACAUUAAAAACUCACUCAUAUGG